GUUAUUUCGGUUUCAUGACCAGCGUAGCAGUUGUCGAAUGUUUGCAGAACGAUUUUAGAUCUAGAUCUAGAUCUAGCUGUAAAAUUUCCUGCAGUUAUCGUUGAAAUGCCUACCCGAAUUCAGGUCAAGGUUGUUACAGAACAGAUACAAUAUUUGGAAGAACAGAUACAAGUUCUGGAGCCUGUCAUUAAUUUUAUGAAAAAUGUUGUUACAAAAAGUAAGGCGUGGCUAGAAGAAAAAACUGACCAAUCAUCUGUCAGCUACAUCGAGCUAUCACAAGAACUGGACACAGCAGCCACGGCCUUCUUGGAUGUGACGUCACAUAUUUCUGAUGAAGACAACAAGGAUAUCAAGAAACCAACGCCAAAUUUACCGCAGCUUGACACACAGACAACAGCAACAUUUCUCACAUUAGAAUCACCAAGACAACUCAUCACACAAGACAAAUAUACAGCGGUUGAAGAAAAUCCUGACCUAGAGCGUAGACUCGCCUAUAUUGAAACAACACUAUCUUCACUACAGAACACACAACACAAGUCUACAGAUGACAUAUCAGAAAUAAAACAAUGGAGAGACAACUUUGUUACAGAACAGAGUGACAUAGGGGUAAAAAUUGAACAACUGAUUAAAAAACAAAAGCAGAAUUUUAAAAAUCUCAGAAAACAAAUGAGUGAACAAGAUAAUAAAGUAAAGGAGCUGGAUAAAGAAAUUGAAAGUUUAAAAGAAAAAGAAACCAAGUCAAACAAAACACUAGAGAAACUUUCUCUAGAUGUGAAAGAAUAUGAAAACAAACUACACAAAAUAAAUAUAGAGAUGCAAGCUAAUACAGAUGUAAGAGACGGUAUGAAAGAAGAAAUUAAAAGCCAUUCUGAUUUGAUUGUUACUUUACAAGAUGAAAAUAAUAAAAUCAUUGUCAAAACAUCAACCCAAUUUGAAAAGUUGCAAUCAAAGCACAGUGUUAUGUACAAAUUCCUACUACAGAGAUUGAUGCCCAUUGACAAACUGAUUCAAAUCUUUAACCAGAAUUUGGAAAAUAGGAAAGAGCGAAUAAAUAAGCUGGGUGAACUUGAAAAUAAUAUUUCGAAGUUGAUCAACAACUUUCAUCUCAUCGAGUCACGUGUAUGUAACAGAUAUGCUUGUCAUGUGACGCUUGUUGAUCCCACACCUGUCAGUACUGGAUCAAUUAUUUCAACAUUUGGUGAAGUACGUGAAUAUAACGGGAAACAUUUUAAUCAAACAACAGGAAAAUUAGUAUCACCACAUGAUGGUUUAUAUCUUGUCUGUGUGACUCUACAUGAAUGGGGAGAUAAACAGAUUAGAGUUGCUGUGGUGGCUGGAGGCAGGUGGUGUAAGUCUGUAGAAGUGAAACGUGCCGACACUAGCACUGCUGGGUCAGUGGUUGUUGACAUGAAGAAAGGUCAAGAACUUUACCUUAAAGUGUCUCACGCAGAGCUAGGCGCAAAGCUAUCCUGGUUUAGUAGUUUUACUAUCGUUGGUUUAUAGAAGUACAACAUAAAACAGGGUGGAUGAUAAACUCUCUAAACAAUAAAAUAUGUAACCACCAUGUUAAACACACGCUAACAACAAUUAUUAUGUGUGUAGACUACAUGUAUACACACACUUAAAUGGUUUAUAUGUUAUUUGUUUAAUAUAUCAUUAAACACUUCCAAAUAAUAACGUGAUAACCAAUUAAUG